CUCGAGACAAGUGGGGGCGGUAACUUGGCGGAGGUGUUGAAAGAGCCACAGCUGGUUUUGUUAGCAUUCCAUAUACAACAGUGAAUUAUCCAACAAUUUUUCCAAUUUUAAAACCGUAAAAUUUCAACGACAUCACCACCAAUUUUUCCACCAUCUCGGGGCGCCAAAUGGGUGACAAUUUAUGAGGUUAGAGGGCUCUAAUAGGGAUUCUGGAGGUCAGUGGGGGCUUGAGGUGUCGUCCAGUCCCGUCUGGAGUGGCACGAGGUCCCAACAUUAGGGAAUUAUCUUGAGGAAGGGGUGGAAGACAUUUUUGGAGUAUUUUUAUUGUCAUUUCGGUAGUCAUGGCUGAACUUUUUCCCUUCGAGUUGCACGAUUGUGAUACUGUUGGACGAGAGGAGUCUGAUGAUGAUGUCAUUGAGAUUGGAGAGGGAGAGUACGAUUCCAAUCCCAACGUCAACGAAAUCAUCGAGGCUGAUGGCUGUGAGACUGUUGCCAUUUCCGAACAAAAUGUCAACCGUGGGAGGGAACGUGCUGGUCCACAGGACUUUGAAUUGUGCAAAGUCAUUGGUAAGGGUGGAUAUGGAAAGGUUUUCCAGGUGAGAAAGGUCACUGGAAACGAUGCUGGAACUAUUUUCGCCAUGAAGGUGCUCCGAAAAGCCUCGAUAAUUCGCAACCAGAAGGACACAGCGCACACAAAAGCCGAGAGGAACAUCCUGGAGGCUGUUAAGCAUCCCUUCAUCGUGGACCUGAUGUACGCCUUCCAGACUGGGGGAAAGCUCUACCUGAUUCUGGAAUACAUGUGUGGAGGUGAGCUCUUCCGUCACCUGAACGACGAGGGUAUAUUCCUGGAGGAGACAGCGUGCUUCUACCUGUCAGAGAUAAUCCUGGCACUGCAGCAUCUCCACCAGCAGGGCAUCAUCUACAGGGAUCUCAAGCCUGAGAACAUUCUGCUGGACGCUGAGGGACACAUCAAACUGACGGACUUUGGCCUCUGCAAGGAGCACAUCCAGGAGGGCUCGGUGACUCACACAUUCUGCGGAACAAUUGAGUACAUGGCGCCUGAGAUACUUACGAGGAGUGGACAUGGAAAAGCUGUGGACUGGUGGAGCCUGGGGACGCUCAUGUACGACAUGCUGACGGGUUCUCCCCCCUUCACCUCGGAAAACCGGAGGAAGACCAUCGAGAAGAUCCUCAAGGGCAAGUUGAUUUUGCCCCCUUACCUCACCCACGACGCAAGGGACCUCAUCAGGAAGCUCCUGAAGAGGCAAGUCCCUCAGAGACUGGGCUCUGCACCCUCAGACGCUGAGCAGGUCAAGAAUCACCUGUUCUUCAGGCAUAUCAACUGGAACGACGUCAUCUCGAGGAAGCUUGAGCCACCCUUCAGACCCAAAUUGACCAGUGAAGACGAUGUCUCACAGUUUGACAAGAAAUUCACCAAUUCUGCUCCUAUUGAUUCGCCCCCUGAGUACACACUCAGCGAGAGUGCUAAUAGAGUUUUCCAGGGAUUCACCUAUGUUGCACCGAGUAUUCUAGAGGAUAUGUAUCAACCUCGUGUUGUACACGCCAGGAGCCCCCGCAGGAGUCACUUGAAGAGCUUCUCACCUCGAAGUAAUCAUUUUCACCAUCAUCACAGGCACAACGGAGUCGGUCACAACAGCAUAGAAGACGCAGAGAUGAUAGAGAUAGGUUAAUAAUCGCCCCCAAUUAACGAAAUAAUUAAUUAGCCCUAGAUUACCACGAACUCUUUAUAAUUUUCUCCCAUAGAAUCAGUCGAGUUUCCACGAUCCUUCGAUCUCAGGGAAGGAUAAACCUAAUUAAUUCAAUGAAUCCCCUCGAUUACCCAUUUUUCAUUGGAUAACGUAGAAGAAAAAUUAUCCUAUUACUGAUAUUUAAACAUUUUUUUAAUUUAAAAAAAUGGUGGAGGAAUUUUACGUGGAAUUGCACUCGACGAUUCUGGGUGUUAGCAAAUUUUUUCUCGUAUAAAUAAUUUUUUUUCUUUUAAUUAAUUAUUGAUUAUGCCGACGCAAUUUUAUCAUUAAUUAACGUUUGUUCAUCGAUUGCUGGAGCCUCCACACAGCGAAAAAUUCGUAAUUUUCCCGAAAGUGAGAGGAAAAUUGAAAAAAAUUGACGAAAAUUUCAUUGAGAAAAUAUUGAAGGCUGAUUUCGUAUGAAUAAGAGUUCCUAAACGCAAUCAUUGGAUUUUUUAAAUGAAGUAAUGAUGAGAGUAAACAGUAAACAGUGUGGAAUUAACGAGAAAAAUUAUUAAUCAGUCGAAACAGGAGGUGAAAACGAAAAUUUUACCGCAUUUUUUCGUCUGUUUCGAAUGAUUAACUAAUUAAUUUAUUGACGAUUGGAAUAAUUGACAUGUAAUCGACCACUUAAACUCGAUAACUGCCCAAGUGUUCAUGGAUUAAUCGUCAUACGACGAAAAUCCCCCGAAUUUUGUUCAUUUUUUUAAACGAAAUAGCGAAAGAAUUUGGCGAAAAACAGUUCAUUUCCUUGAUUAAAAUUUCGUAAUUGACAUGUUACAUUCUCAGACGUAAUAUUAAUAAAUAUUUGAUAAUUCAUGAAUUUAUCCAGUGACUGAACAAUUUUUAAUAAUUUUUUUUUCAUUAAAAAUCGAAAUGAUCAGAAUUUUCAAUUUUCAUUUUUCACUUUCAGCUUUAAUUCGGUUUUAAUUACACAAACAAUUGAUUAAUCAUUAAUUUAUGGAAUUAUUUAUGUUGAAUCACUGGAUAAAUAAACAAUUAGGAGGUGAGACUAUGUCGUGAGUAAAUGAAUAAUUAAAAAUCAUUAACUUAUUAUCGGAUAUUCGAUUUAAAAUUAAUUGAUAAGGGAUGGAAAAUUUAAUGAUAAUUAAUGAUUUUUGUUUUGUAAGGGGACCCAUAGUUAAUUCACACACUUUUGUAACAAAAAAAAAUGUUGUGCUUAAUGAGGUGAUGCUGGGAGAUAUGUCGAGAGCCAUCGAGGUGAUUCUUCAGUUUAUGAAAAAAUUUAAUUUUGUGGUUUUUGAGGAUUUUUGAGGUUUCUUUGGGGCUUUUCCCGUUAUUUUUAGGUGCAAAUGACUUACUGAUGGCUCUUUUCAGUUACUAUCUGCGGUAUUUAGGUGAAAUUGUGUAUAAAUACUAUUCUGUGGGUGGAUUUGAUGGAGAUUUUGGGGAAAUUUAUUUCUGGGGGUUGUCAUUGAGGGGGGUGGGAGUUUUAGGGAGAAGGCGGUGUGCGUCUUGAAAAGACGAAUGUUUUGCAAUUUGAUUUAUUGGUCUAGGGCAGUUUGAAGACGAGAUAUUUACGAUUGAAGAUUUUGAAUUGAGAGUUGGCAAUUAUUUGUUUAAAUAAUUGGCGAUAUUGGUGGUAAUAAUCGAGAUAGAGAAAAAUGGCCCGGGUUCAGAAUUUUCGACUUUAAAAGAUGAGUAUUUUGAGCUUUGACUCGCCAUUCUAGCUCAAUUAGAAGCCGAGAUAUUGGCAAUUGAACAUUGAGGAUAAUUGAAAAUGCAAAUUCAUUUGUUUAAACAAUUGCCUAUAUCUCUUUAAAUAAUCCAGAUAGAGAGAAAUACUAGGAGACAAAAAUGUGCGUCUUGAGAAGACGAAGAAUUUGAAAUUUGACUCAGCAAUAUAGCUCAAUUAGUAGUCGGGAUAACUGCAAUUGAAGAUGAUGAAUAAUUGAAAGUCUGAAGUAAUUUGUUUAAACAAUUGGAUUAAUUGAACUCCAACAAAAAAUGUUCGUCUUGAGAACACCCACAUAUUUCGCCCUAAACUUUCUCCUCUACCUCUGAAAUUCCCGAAGUCAUCAGCACCGAAUAAUUAACAACAAUUGAAAAAUUGUUUAAACAAUUGCUCGAGCCAAUUUCCAUCCAAUCCACCCGCGAAAAAAUUAGGGAGACGAGGUGGGUUAACAGUAAUUACCAUUUUAGAUCGUAAUUUAGUGAAGGAACGAUGAUGAUAAUGCGAAAAGACGAAAAAAAUGAUAAAAUAAAAAAAUUAUUAAUAAACAAUC